AUGUCCGUCUCCAUUGAAAUCAACGACAUUGUCCCCGCCGCUCUUACCACACAGGCGCCCCCCUGCCUUGGCUCUAAGAGCAGAAUGCCCGAGUUCAGUUUGGCUGGAAAGGUCGUCUGUGUCUCUGGUGCUGCCCGUGGCCUUGGUCUAACUCAGGCUGAAGCGCUUUUGGAGGCCGGGGCCAAGGUAUAUGCUUUGGACCGCCUGGAGGAACCUUCCCCUGAGUUCUACGAAAUCCAAAAACGUGCCAAGGAGGAGUUAGGAACGGAGCUACAAUACCGUCGCAUUGAUGUCCGUGACACCGAACGUCUCGAAAGUACUAUCGAAGCCAUCGCUGAUGCCGAGGGUCGCUUGGAUGGCUUGGUCGCUGCGGCAGGCAUUCAACAGGAAACUCCCGCCCUCGAGUACACGGCCCAGGACGCCAACACGAUGUUUGAAGUCAAUGUCACUGGUGUGUUCAUGACUUCCAAGGCAGUUGCUAAGCAAAUGAUUCGUUUCGGCAAUGGAGGUAGCAUCGCACUAAUUGCGAGCAUGAGUGGUACUAUUGCCAAUCGGGGUCUUAUUUGCCCUGCUUACAACGCUAGCAAGGCUGCAGUGCUUCAACUUGCCCGUAACCUCGCCAUGGAGUGGGGUACGUACAACAUUCGAGUCAACACCAUCUCGCCCGGUUAUAUUGUAACAGCCAUGGUUGAGAAGCUCUUCGCCCAGUUCCCUGAGCGUCGCGAAGAAUGGCCCAAACACAACAUGCUGGGACGUCUGUCUACCCCUAACGAGUACCGUGGCGCUGCCGUCUUCCUUCUCAGUGACGCCAGCAGCUUCAUGACUGGAAGCGAUCUACGCAUGGACGGAGGUCACGCCGCUUGGUAG